AUGCGUGGAAUCAUCAACGUUCAAACAGGCCAGUGUGGCAACCAGAUCGGUUCCAAGUUCUGGGAAAUCAUCAGCGAGGAGCACGGCCUUGAUCCAACCGGCAAGUACGUCGGCGAACGCGAUGUUCAGCUGGAGCGAGUCGAUGUGUACUUUAAUGAAGUCCCGGGUCCGAAAUACGUUCCAAGGUCUGUGAUGGUUGACCUGGAGCCCGGAACCAUGGAUGCCGUGCGUUCGGGUCCCUACGGCGACCUCUUCCGCCCAGACAACUUCAUCUUUGGACAGUCCGGUGCCGGCAACAACUGGGCCAAGGGCUACUACACCGAAGGCGCCGAGCUGGUCGAGAAUGUUCUCGAGGUCAUCCGCAAGGAGGCAGAGCACGUCGAUGCCCUGCAAGGCUUCCAGAUGACACACUCGCUUGGCGGCGGAACCGGAAGCGGCAUGGGAUCGCUGCUUGUCUCCAAGAUUCGCGAAGAGUACCCCGACCGCAUGAUGUGCACCUUCUCCGUCAUGCCCUCGGCCAAGGUCAGCGACACCGUCGUCGAGCCAUACAACGCCACGCUUUCGAUCCACCAGCUAGUCGAGAACAGCGACGAGACCUUCUGCAUCGACAACGAAGCCCUCUACGACAUUUGCUUCCGCACCCUGAAGUUGACCAACCCGUCGUACGGCGACCUGAACCACCUCGUGUCCUCGGUCAUGUCCGGCAUCACGACAUGUCUGCGAUUCCCGGGCCAACUCAACGCCGACCUUCGCAAGCUGGCCGUCAACAUGAUUCCGUUCCCGCGCCUCCACUUCUUCAUGGUCGGAUUUGCGCCUCUGACGGCAAGGGGCUCUCAGGACUACCGCCAACUGACGGUGCAGGAACUCACCACUCAGAUGUUCGACGGCCGCAACAUGAUGGCGGCUUGCGACCCCAAGCACGGGCGCUAUCUGACCGUCGCCGCCAUCUUCCGAGGCCGGCUGUCGAUGAAUGAUGUCGAGCAGCACAUGAUGAGCAUGCAGAUCAAAAACUCGAGCUACUUUGUCGAGUGGAUUCCCAGCAACGUCAAGACCGCAGUUUGCGACAUCGCUCCAAAGGGCCUCCGAAUGGCCUCGACCUUUAUCGGCAACUCGACUGCGAUCCAGGAGCUCUUCAAGCGUGUCCAGGUCCAGUUCGCAUCCAUGUACCGCCGCAAAGCCUUCCUCCACUGGUACACCGGCGAGGGCAUGGACGAGAUGGAGUUCACCGAGGCCGAGUCCAACAUGGCCGAUCUCAUCUCCGAGUACCAGCAGUACCAGGAUGCCGAAGCCGAUCUGAAGGAGGAGAAACCAAAGAUCAGCGUCUCCAAUAGGGCCGCGGCCUCGCCCAGCACCGCCGUUGCUGCCUCGGGUGUCAGCGAUUGGUAA